CUUCAUGGGGCUUAAGAACCUCCAGUUUUCUGGCCAGAUCAUUCACCAAAUGCUUUUGUUGCUUGUUGAGGAUCAACCUGACGAUGAAUUCUGGAUCCUCUGAAAUGGUGAAAUUCACAUUCAACGACUGGUGCAGAAUUACAGGGUUGCCGAACACAAAGAGGUACCCACCUCUUAAGGACAAAGAGCUUGGACAGAGCUCACUGUGUCACAAAUUCUUAGGAGGGGAGGUCGCGAAGUGCACCUUCAAGCAUGUACGAGAGAAGUAUGUUGCAGCGGAGAAUACCAUGGAUUCGAAGAAAAUGGUUGACUUUUCCAUGCUCUACUUCAUUGAGUCUGUCCUUUUAGCAAAGGAUAAAUCUACAUGCAUUGAAUCAACCCAUUUGCAUCUUGUCGAAGAGCCCAAAAAAUUCAAAUCUUAUCCAUGGGCUUGGGAGUCGUACUUACUUACUAUACGACAUAUGAAAGGUGCAAUGGAUGGACAGCCCGAAAAAUUUGAAAAAAAGAGCAAAGAAACCCCAAACUACAAAUCCUUAAAGUACACCUUCUAUGGUUUUCCAUUGCCUAUUCAGGUGUGGGCGUAUGAGUGUUUUCCGGAGUUGGUUGAAAAAAACCUUGUCGUGCAAGAGGGGACUUCUUCUUGUGAAAUUUUGAAUUGGGCAUCAAAGAAGUUUCCAAAAGCAGUGACACUUAAGGACAUUUUCUUUCGUGAAUUGCAACAAAAGAAGGAUUCUGAUGCCGACACCGUUCGAGCCAUUAGAGAUUUGAAGAAAAGGAUGGAUGGACUUGAAGUGAAGAUUGAUGAAAUCAAGAAGUUGUUGGUGGAGGUUGUUAUGAACCUGAAUUCAAGUGGCCGAAGGAGAAGAUCUGUUAGAAUUCAGAGAAAGAAGAGAGCAAGGACAAAGGCUGCUGAGGAAGAUGAUGAGGAUUUAGAAGAAGAUGAUGAAAUCGAGGAGGCUGCUGAGGAAUAUGAGGAGGAGACUGGAGCUGAUGAAGAUGAAGAUGAGACUCGGGAAAAUAAGGAGGAGAGUAUGGAAAGUGAGGACGACACUGAGGAGGCAGGGGAAAAUGAAGAGGAGAAUGCGGUAUUCAUCGUCUACGACUUUAUUCGCCAAAGCCCGAAAGCUGUUGCACAAGUCAUCAUACCGUUGUUGUUCGACAGUACAUAUCCAGCCAUCAUAAUCUACUUUGACUCGUGUGUAUGCCCGCUUCACAUCACGCCUCCAUCGCUCUAGGAUAUACUUCUGAGGCAAAAACCUAACAACGUUUCGAAUGAAGACAACGAUGCAAU